AUGGCUCGCCCUUAUAUGAUCUUCGCGGUCCUUACGGCCUGGUUUUUCGGCUGCAACGCCCAGUUCGGCUUCUUCGACCAAAUGUUUGGCGGCGGCGGAGGGGGUGGACAACAGCAACAGCAGCCACAAAAUGUGCGGAGCGAUAGCGUGUGGUAUCAGCAACAAUACGAAGCCGCCCAGUGCUCACACUAUCUCUGCCCUGGCACCCUGUCCUGCGUACACUUUCCACAUCAUUGUCCGUGCGCUUGGGAGGGCGUGGAAGAAAAGAUCGAGUUAGGAGAGGGCAUCGCAAUUUGUGCGUCCAAGGGUGGAUGGGCAGAGGGCGAGUUUGCUAAGAAGGUGGAAUUAGCAAGGAAGGGAAUGCUGUAA